CCUCCACCUCCCCUCCCCCCUUCCCCCCCCCCCCCCCAAACGAAGCGGCUGUCAAAGCUUCCUGUGGAGAUCUCCAAUCGCGUGCUGCGUGUGCGAUUUUUAUCCAUCGAUUUAUUUUCUUUUUCCCCCCCCCCAUUACUUUUUUCUCUCCUUUUUCCAUUGGGUUAUUUUUAAUCUUCGCGUGACUCUCGGUAGGUGGACUCUCCCAAGAUUCAUAGAUAGCUAUUCCGUUUUUUAGUACCGUGCUAGUACUGCUACUGUACCCGCCUUGCAAUCCCUCCUCCUCCUCCUCGUCCGUCCUCGUUCUUUUUUCUUCUCUUCCCUGAUCUUAUUAAAUAAAUACCUGUUCAUACCCCUCCCCCUCCCUUAUACUCUCUCUCUCUCUCUUUUUUUUCUUUCUUUUUUUGUUUUUUCUUUCCUUCUCUUUGUGUGUUGUGUACCUGGAUCUCUCGCGUGUUGUUGCUUGGAUAACACAAUCUCAUCGCUGGCCCCUCUUGAGAUUAACUGCGCUUCGUUGCUGCAGCUGGAUUAAUUACUCUCGUCGCCCAAGUCCCAUUCUCUUCUUCUUCUUGCUCUUGUUCUUCUUAUUCUGUCCUGCUCCUCACAUCCCUGUCGCAUUCACAUCCACUCCUUUUUCUAUUUAUCAUUGAAUCGCGUGAUUGAAAUUGGGAACCUCUCCCCCAUCUCCUGGGAUUGCAGGCAUCGAUCGAAAAAAAAAAAAAAAAAAAGACAUCAAGAUUCUGCAGAGGGUUAUUUAUUAUACCCUAAUAUAAAAUCCCCCUCUGACACUUUAAUUUUUUGUCGUUGCUCCGCUUCGACAUAUUCUCGCAACAAUGUCUUCUCACGGUGAGAAGAACUCGGACCCGAAUAUCGAGAAGCCGGUCGACGAGGAAGCCAUUCACGAGCAAUCGCGUGCCGUCUCCGGGAAGCCAUGGAUGUACAAGCGCCCAAAAAUCGGAUCCUUCAAGUUCCCUUACUAUGCGUCCCCUACUUCUCAGCUGCUCCUGGUCUCCUUUGUCUGCUUCUUGUGCCCGGGUAUGUUUAACGCCCUGAACGGUCUGGGUGGAGGUGGUCAGCAAGAUCCCCACGCCGUCAACAUCGGAAACACCGCUCUCUACAGUACUUUCGCCGUCAUCGGUUUCACUGCCGGUUCCAUUGCCAAUCGUGUUGGUCUCCGCUGGACUCUUCUCUUCGGUGGCUUUGGUUACUUCCUCUAUGUCGGAUCUAUGUUGUCGUACAACCACAACAGGAACCUGGGCUUCCUUACCUUUGCCGGUGCCCUCUUGGGUGCUUGUGCUGGUUGUCUGUGGUGCGCCCAGGGUGCUGUCAUGAUGAGUUAUCCCGAUGAGAAAUCCAAGGGUAAAUUCAUUUCUUGGUUCUGGAUCAUUUUCAACUUGGGUGGUGUCAUUGGAGGCUUGGUCCCCCUGGCCCAAACCAUGAAUGCCCCAGAAGGCAGAGCCGUCGGCGACGGAACCUACAUCGCCUUCAUGAUUCUUAUGUUCAUCGGUUUCGUUCUUUGCUUCUUCCUGGUCGAAUCCAAAUACGUCCGCCGUGAGGACGGUUCGCAGGUCAUUGUCAUGAAGAACCCGUCCUGGUGGUCCGAAAUCAAGGGUCUUGGCGAAGUCCUCGUAUCCGACUGGUACAUUGUCGCUCUCUUCCCUAUGUUCAUCGCCAGUAACUGGUUCUACGCCUACCACUUCAACAACGUCAACGGCGCCAAGUUCAAUAUCCGUACCCGUGCCCUGAACAGCUGCCUCUACUACCUUGCCCAGAUGUUUGGUGCCUUUGCUUUUGGCUACAUGUUGGAUAUGCCAUCCCUGCGCCGCACUACUCGUGCUCGUCUCGGCCUGGUUGUCCUUUUCAUUUUCACCAUGGCCGUCUGGGGUGGUGGUUAUGCCUGGCAACGCGAGUAUACUCGUGCUGAUACCGCCCUUGAAAAUUUCCGCAUCAUUGAUUUCAAGGACUCCGACUAUGUUGGUGGAAUGUUCAUGUACAUCCUCUAUGGUGUUUACGAUGCUGCCUACCAGACCUGCGUGUACUGGUGAGUUUUAUUCCUUUCUUUCUUCUUUCUUUUGGCGUUAUCUGCCCCCGUAUUUGGUUUUUCUUUUCCCUGGCAAUUGGGAAUGAGAGAAAAUGGAACGAGGAUCAAAACAACGAGGUGAAACCAGUUGCUGAUGUUUAAUUUGUUCGAAAUUUUCUAGGUUCAUGGGUGCCCUUAGCAACAACAGCCGUAAACUUGCGAACUUCGCUGGUUUCUACAAGGGUCUCCAAUCCGCCGGUGGUGCCGCUACCUGGCAGUAAGUUUCCAACCCGAUCCAAUAAAAGACUACUCACAGUGUCUUCUUCGUUCCCCCAAACACCCAACACAAAACCAAACUAACAUCCCCUUCCCUUUUCAACAGAAUCGACGACAACAAGGUCGAAUUCAUGACCAUCUUCGCUAUCAACUGGGGUCUUCUCUGCGGCAGUAUUAUCGUCGCCCUGCCCGUCAUCCUGUACAAGAUCAAAGACACCGUGGACCUCGAAGAGGAUCUCAAGUUCUCCGACGAGACAUUGGAGGAAGUCGCGCCAACUGCCUUGUUGGAGAACCGGGGCAUGUCGACUGGGGCUGAUGUUAAAUAAAUACUCUUUUUUUCACAACCAUACCAUGUCAAGAAUGUGCGGCAAGGCGGGAUGUGGUGUGAAGUGGAAAGCAAAGGGACUGGGAUCCAGAGUCUUCCUUUGGAUUUGACUCGUGUAAUAAGGAUGGGUGUUUGAUUGAUGGGUGGUGGGUGAGGGUUAUGGGGGUUGGGAAACAUGCAGAGCUGCACAGUGAUCCACAAUUGCAAUGCAAGCCUGUGUGUGAACCUAUCCUCCCUUCCCUCCUCUGGCCAAUCCAUCAUUUCCAAACAGGGGCUGUCUGAGUAGUUGUUGGUGGCGGGAAUUUGGGAUAGUGAUAGGACGGACUUCUUACAUCUUACUUCUUCUUUCUUCUUUUUUUUUUUAAUGAAAUACCAAACUGACUUGAAAUCACAGAAGUGUGUUUAAACUCAAUCAACUCACUCUUUCUUUCUCUCUCAGACCUUCGUUCUUUUUUAAUUCUUUUUUAAGUCUCUUCCUCUCUUUUCUUUUUGGUGUCUUGUUUGUGACUUUCCUUUGUAUUUAAAACAUAUUCUCAUCAAAUCAAAUCAAACUAGGAAUAUCAGUAUAUAAACAAGACAGACAGAUCUCUUCUCAA